CAUACUUUUACAAAUCUCCCAAAUGGAGCGAUGAACAAAGCCCUUACCCGAAAAGCAGACCCCAACAGUUAGAGCAGUCUCCUCUCCUCAUCAGGACCAAAACAAGUCUCGUCAUCAUCAUCCCAUCCCAUGUUUCCCUGUUCAAUUCAAUUCAAUAUUCGUUAUUCAAACACACUGAUUUAUCAACCAAUGUACCUUCGCACGCAUUCCCAACCCUAACCAAUUGCAUGCACUAAUUUUCUUAUUUAAAUUCUUCUCAAUCUCUGUAAAUCCAUCCCUGUGUCAAUUCCAUGGAGGAGCAGGAGGAUACGGUGUCGUUCUCCGACCACAAGCGCUGCGGUUUCCUCUGUGCCGUUCUCACUGUUACUUCCCCUGACCACCCUGAUCUCCGCCAAAUCUUACCUUUCGGCACCCGCUUCCAAUUCUCCCCAACCGGCGUGAGUUUCAGGUCACGAAACGACGUCGUCCUAUCUCCCAUAGACGAAAACCCCAACGCCGAUGAUUCGACGAAUAAUGAUUCGGAGCAAUGCGAGGCUUCCUCUUCUUCGGAGUUGGGGAAGAAGAGGAAGGCCCCGGAGGUCUCGAAGAAGAUAGGAAUGCGGAAGAGGAGUAUAGGGCUGGUGAAUGGGAGCAUAAGCGUGGUGCACCAGCUUCACUCUUUGGUUAUGAACAAGUGCUUGAUGAUCGAUGCUCGAUUGGUUCGGGUUGAGGCCGAUGCCAAUGGAGAAGUCAGGGCUGUUUUGCUGGUUGAUGUCUAUCUCCCUAUUGCAUUAUUGUCUGGUUGGCAGUUCCCGAGGUCCGGCUCCGUUGCCGGUGCUCUGUUCCGACAUUUGAGUUCUGAUUGGGGAGAGAGAAGCGCAAUGCUCAUCAAUGGAGAUUAUCUCAAAAAUACUGUAGGAACAAAUAGAAGCAUAUGGAAUCUUUCAGAUUGCCAUGUUUUUGGUUGCAAGCUGCAUCAUAAUUUCUCUGAUUCUUCGAAGAAAAGGCUAUUUGAGCUUCAUGAAAUUUUUAAGAGCUUACCUAGUGUUGCAACGACAGGCAAACCUAAUUCUUCUAGAAUACAGUCAUGUGAUGACUCUUGUAGAUCGGGUAUUUCGGAGAUAUCUGAUGACAUUUUACUUGGUAUUCUUGCUGUGCUUAGCCCAAUUGACCUUGUUAGGGUGUCUGCAACCUGCCGCCAUCUGAGACUGCUGGCUAUCUCGAUCAUGCCAUGCAUGAAACUUAAACUGUUUCCUCAUCAGCAAGCAGCAGUUGAGUGGAUGCUACAACGUGAGAGAAAUGCUGACGUCUUGCCACAUCCGUUGUACAUGGCUUUCUCAACUGAAGAUGGAUUUUCUUUCUACAUAAACACCAUAUCUGGGGAAAUAAUCACUGGGGUGGCUCCCACUGUCAAUGAUUUUCACGGGGGAAUGUUCUGUGAUGAGCCUGGAUUAGGCAAGACUAUAACUGCUCUUUCCCUUAUUCUGAAGACACAAGGAACACUGUCAAAUCCACCAGAUGGGGUACAUGUUAACUGGUGUAUGCAUAAUGGAGACCAGAGAUGUGGUUAUUAUGAGCUUAAUGGGGUUCAUGCCACUGAUAGGAACAUGCUCUCGGAAAAGAGGGACAUGGGUCAGAAUGCUCAAAAUAUUCUUGCCUUUUCCAAAUACUACCGAUCUAAAAGAGCUAGGGUACUUCUUGAUGAGCAAAUUCCAGGAUUCAAUAAUUCAUGUCCUGGACCUUCUGGUAAAGGAAUAGAAACAGCAGCAGGUGCAUACUCUGAUCCAGCAAUGUGUGUAGUUCAAUGCACCAGAAACUUGAGUCGCAUCAGUAAAAAUCUUUUUCCCGCAUUUGAAGUAGCAUCUAGCAAAUCCAGAAAAAGAAAAGCGGGGAAAAACUCUAGUAGAAUGAAGCAUGUUUCUGAUGGUCCAGGACGUGUCACUCAGAAAAAGCGAGCUGCUAUGCCACAUGGACUUUCAAACAGUCACAAGAGGCUUGGGAAGGUUAAUGGAGAUAAUUAUGAUUAUAACGACACCUGGGUUCAGUGUGAUGCUUGCUGCAAGUGGCGGAAGCUUCCAGAAAGUAGUAGUUCUGAUGCUAGUGCAGCAUGGUUUUGUAGCAUGAAUGCCGAUCCUUUCUACCAGAGUUGUAGUGUUCCUGAAGAAUCCUGGGAUAAUUGCCGGCCAAUAACAUAUUUACUGGGAUUUUGCACAAAGGAGACAUCUGGAGGAGAGGAACAAAACAUUUCUUUCUUCAUCAGUGUACUUAAAGAGCAUUAUGCCUUGAUAAACUCCAUAACAAAGAAAUCCCUAAAUUGGUUGGCUAAACUUCCUUCUGACAAGCUCUCAGCAAUGGAGACAAUUGGUUUGCGAAGUCCUUUCAUAAGCACCUGUGUAACGCCUGGUGAAGAUGCCUAUGGGUUUCAAAAAAUAUUUCAAGCAUUUGGUCUCAAAAGAAGAGUAGAAAAGGGUGUUAAUAGGUGGUAUUACCCACGAAAUCUUCACAAUAUGAGUUUCGACAUUGCUGCUCUCAGGAUCGCUCUUUGUGCACCAUUGGAUUCACUUAGGCUGUAUCUUUCAAGGGCAACCCUAAUUGUUGUUCCAACCAACUUAGUUGAUCAUUGGAAAACCCAAAUCCAGAAGCAUGUAAGGCCUGGUCAGCUACGGGUUUAUUUUUGGAAUGACCAUAGGAAGCCUUCUGCACACAGUCUAGCUUGGGACUACGAUGUUGUCAUAACCACAUUCAAUCGUUUAAGUGCAGAGUGGGGCCCUCGUAAGAAAAGUGCAUUGAUGCAAGUGCAUUGGCUUAGAGUCAUGUUAGAUGAGGGGCAUACCCUUGGCUCAAGUCUUAGCUUGACAAACAAAAUGCAGAUGGCAGUUUCAUUGAUGGCUUCAAACCGUUGGAUAUUGACUGGAACUCCAACUCCUAAUACACCCAACAGUCAGCUGUCGCAUCUUCAACCAUUGCUCAAGUUCCUUCAUGAGGAAGCUUAUGGGAGGAAUCAUAAGUCAUGGGAAGCUGGGAUUCUUAGGCCUUUUGAAGCAAAAAUGGAAGAAGGACGAUCUCGUUUGUUGCAUUUACUGCAUAGGUGCAUGAUUUGUGCAAGAAAGGUAGAUUUGCAGACUAUUCCACCCUGCAUCAAGAAAGUUACUUUUCUUGAUUUUACAGAAGAGCAUGCAAGAAGUUACAACGAAUUGGUAGUUACAGUGCGGCGCAAUAUAUUAAUGGCUGACUGGAAUGAUCCUUCUCAUGUUGAGAGUCUUUUGAAUCCAAAACAGUGGAAAUUUCGAAGUACAACUAUUGGAAAUGUCAGACUAUCUUGCUGUGUGGCUGGGCAUAUAAAAGUAACAGAUGCUGGUGAAGAUAUUCAAGAAACUAUGGAUAUUCUAGCUGAAGAUGGUCUAGAUCCCACGUCUGAGGAGUAUGCUUUUAUAAAAUAUAAUCUCCUUUAUGGUGGCAACUGUAUAAGAUGCAAGGAAUGGUGUCGGUUACCUGUCAUUACACCUUGUAGGCAUCUUUUGUGCCUUGAUUGUGUUGGUUUGGACAGUGAAAGGUGUACAUAUCCUGGCUGUGGUCACUUAUAUGAGAUGGAAACUCCGGAUGCACUAACUCGGCCAGAAAAUCCCAAUCCUAAGUGGCCUGUUCCCAAAGAUCUUAUUGAGUUACAACCCUCAUAUAAACAGGAUAACUGGGAUCCUGAUUGGCAGUCAACAUCUAGCAGUAAAGUCGCCUAUGUUGUACAGAAAUUGAAAGCACUGCAGGAAGCUAAUAGCAAUGUUGAUUGCCCUCUGGAUGACAACAAUAAUGCCAUGUGCACUGACAAUUUAAUUUGUCUGUCUGAGAUGAGCAAUUCAAAAGGACUGAGGCAAGUUCAUGACUUUAAAAGGACCACCAAGACUCAUGAAACAAAUUUGGAAAAAGUAUUGGUAUUUUCUCAAUUUCUUGAGCAUAUACAUGUUAUUGAACAGCAGUUGACCAUUGCUGGUAUUAAAUAUGCUGGGAUGUAUAGUCCAAUGCAUUCUAGCAACAAGAUGAAGUCACUGGCGAUGUUCCAGCAUGAUGCUAGUUGCACAGUUCUUUUGAUGGAUGGAAGUGCUGCACUGGGUCUCGAUCUGAGCUUUGUAACACAUGUAUUUUUAAUGGAACCAAUAUGGGACAGAAGCAUGGAGGAACAAGUUGUUAGUCGUGCUCAUCGGAUGGGUGCUACUCGUCCAAUCCACGUGGAAACUCUUGCAAUGCGCGGUACAAUUGAAGAGCAAAUGCUGGAGUUCUUACAGGAUGCUGAUGAGUGCAGAAGAUUUUUAAAGGAGGAGGUUGGAAAAUCUGACCCUAAAGGGGCACGAACUCGCCGUUCAUUACAUGAUUUUGCUGAGAGCAAUUAUCUGUCUCAAAUUAGCUUUGUGCGGACAAAUCCUAUGUAAAAAGGAAUUUGACCGUCAUGUAACAUAGUCGUCAAGAACAUUUGACAACUUUUGCAUGGAUAACCUGCCAUUUUUGCUGAUAUCUUGCCGAUGCCGUUUUCCGUCAAGAAGGCCCACAAUUGAAUCAAAUGCAGAUCUUAGGACUCAUUUAUGGUGAUUGGUCUUUGACCAACAAAGCCAACUUUGCUUCAGCUUUGUUUUUGGGAGCAUCUUCUAGUAAUUUUUUGAUUGGGAAUUGUAUCAUAGUAGUAUGGCUUCUACAAGUGCUCAGGUCUUAAGUUAACAUAAGGCCGGAAAAGAAAAUUCUUGUAAUGUUUAUUGCCGAUUAAAUUUAUUGUUUCACUCCA